AAUCUCAACCUACUUAACGCAUGCUUUCUUUCUUCCUUCAACGCUUAUUCAUUCUCUCGAUCAGAAAAUUCGCGGCGGCAGGAGCAUCAGAUUUUCGUAGCCAUGUCGGUCAGCGAGCUUGCUUGUACCUAUGCCUGCUGUAUUCUUUACGACGACAAUAUCGCAAUCACUUCCGAGAAGAUUGCUACCCUAGUAAAGGCAGCAAAUGUGAACAUUGAAUCUUACUGGCCAGGUCUCUUCACCAAGAUGUGUGAGAAGAAGAACCUCGACGACCUCAUCAUGAACAUCGGUGCCGGAGGAGGUGCUGGUGCUGUUGCCGUUGCUGCUCCAUCCGGUGGCGGUGCUGCUCCAGCAGCCGCGGCUCCUGCAGCUGAAGAGAAGAAGGAAGAAGCAAAGGAAGAGAGUGAUGAUGAUAUGGGAUUCAGCUUGUUUGACUAGGUAUUCUGUUUUAGUAUGUAAUGGUUCUUUCACAAACUCCGGGAUUCUUAUCAAUAGUCGUUUUCUCUAUUUCAUUUUUCCAGUGUUUGAGAUUUUGUACUUGGGUUUAAAUUUAACAAAGUUUUGCUUUAAAUCUUUACGUGCACAACAUAAACUCAAUUGCCAUUAUUGUUUGCAAGAAUAUUAGAUCAGUUGCUCUCUCU